UUCAAUUUGUUUCCAUGUUUACAUUACCCAUAGUGAGGGAAAAGUACAUUAUCAAAUAGGAUAAAUUUUUUUGUAUGUAUAAACUUUUGAAUAGGAGUGCAACAUUCUUACAUUUUUUCAAUCCUCUUACUUCAAUUCUUGGAUCCAUCACACUAAUUUUCUGUCCUACAGGAACCUUUUAGUCCUAUAAGAUAUCACAAUACUUUUAAAGGGGUUGUUGUUUGGUAGUUAGUUUGAAAAUGAGUUAAUGCGCAUAUUAAAUUUUGCAUAAGUAAUAUCAUGUUUGGUAGUUAGUUAAAGGUGCUUCCUCGGUUCACAAUUUCUUGGCAGAUAUACUAAAAGUAGAUGUCUAAGAUUAAUUGUCAAUUUAAAUAAUCAAGAAAGAAUUAGUCACCUUUUUUCAAAUUUGCUUAAUGAUAGUGUAGUUCAAUUGAUAAAUUAUGUAGAUUUUUUAUAUUCUUGGUAUAGUAGGAUUAUAUUAGUCAAAUUAUACCUUGUAUUAAAAUAUUUCUUGAGGAGUGUGUAUGACCUUAACAUGACAAACAAUUAUGGACGAAGGGACUAAGUUAUUCACAUAUUAAAAAUUAAUAUAGUAUUCGAUUUACAAUUUAGAAAUUCACAUAUAUAACUAUUACAUGUAUAACUUAUGAGAAAAUAUAUGUAUUAUCUUAUGCAUGAUAAGAGAAGGAAUAACUAAUACAUGAAUAAGUAAACCUUGCAUAACUAAAAAUAUAAUACAUAAAUUCUUUAUAACUCUAACCAGCUAUCGAACGGUUGAAUGUAGCUGAGUUAAGCCAUUUGGAAUUUUUCUUUCAUUUUUCAGGAAUGGAGAGUGAGAAAUUAAUAAGCCAUGUCCAAUCAAAUAACAAUUCAUCAGAAGACAACAACAACACAAGGUCAUUCCCUUGUUUAUAUUGUUCAAGAAAGUUUCACAGUUCACAAGCAUUGGGUGGUCAUCAAAAUGCUCACAAGAAAGAAAGGACAGCAGCUAGAAAGAACAAAAGAUCAAUUAUGUCAGCUCACCAUAAUCAUGACUAUGCUACUAACUUCUCUUCAUUACUACCACAAGGCACACCUCUUGUUUUUGCACCUAAUCAUCAUCCCAUUGGCCUUAUAAAUCAUCCUUCUCUUUACAUUACUGCUCAUGCAGCCAACUUUUGCCACUUCCCACCUAGCCAACAACACUUUUCUAGUAGAUCAUUUGGAUCAAAUGGAGCACCAAGAUUUGAAAAUAAUAAUAACGCCACGACGACGAUGCUCUAUCGAAAUCAAUUUGGGAAUUAUAUGAAUAAUACUAAUACUAACCCUUAUGUGUGCAACGAUGACUUCUUUGAAGAAUGUCAAGAGAAUGUACCAACUUUUGUUAAGGAAGAUAGAGAUCAAAAGCAGCUUGAUUUGUCACUUCAUUUAUAAUUUCCCCUUUUUUUUUGUAUGGGAUUUUUGGAUUUUAUUUAGACUGCCCAUCACUUCUUUUUUGUUCUUCAAUGAUUAUUAUAAUUCAUAGCUAUUCUGAAUGAUUAA